AUGUCAAGCAGAACUGAUGACCAGGAAAGAGGUAGACCUGGCAAGCGCGAGCGGCUAGCCGUGUUCCUUGGGUUGCGAUCACCAAGUCGUCAGCGGGAAGCCACGACGCCAGAAUUCCACCCGGAGGAAGCGCACCCCUCCACUCACAAGGACGAUACCUUACACAAUACGCAAAUUGAGAUCCCCAAGCAAAGGGAAGAUGGCAGGGUUGAUGCAUGGGAUACAGCUUGGGAGUCUAUCAGAUCCGAUGAUCCUCGUCUAGUUGAUCAGUACCAGAAGUACGUGUUUGCCCAAGGCGACCCGAGCUACCAAGACGGAGCCAAGUUUGAUCAGAUGUCGGGCAAGGACAAAAAGGACACCCUCUUGAGGAUGAAUAAAUCAAAGGUGGCAGAAAUACAAGCAAAGCUUGCAGACGGAAGCCUCGAGAGCCAAAUCAAACACAUUGUCGAAGGGGCCGUAACCAUUUUGAACAAGGGAAGUGACCUUAUAUCCUUCAUUGCCAGCCAGGAACCACACGCUGCACUGGCGUGGUCAGGGUGUAGUGCGAUACUGGGACUGCUUCUCACGGCAAGGUCCGAACGAAACGCUGCACUCGAAGGGUUUGCCGAUGUCGCUCGCAUCCUGUGCCGCUACAGCGUCAUAAGCGGAUUUUACCUUGUCAAGCUUUAUGCUAUGAUCAUAAAGUAUCAAAUACGGCUCGUACUACGAUACGAUCACAUCGCGGCCCUCCGCUUCUUACGCGACGUAGUAAAAACAGAUGACUGGGUAUCACUCGUGAAGAGCAUUCAAGAACUUGAGGAGUCAAAUCUCAAAGAUAUCAACGCGAUUGGGCAGCAUGUAUUGCAUCGCGUUCAGGGAGCUAUACAACGUCAAGAGCGGCAAAUCGCCGUGGGAUUCGCAGAGAUGGCGCAGAAUCUUCAGGAUAUCCAAGCAGGCAUAGAGAACAUUCGGCUGGAGAACAGUGACCGUCACAAUGCCGCCGAAGUCCAGAAUAUUCUGAAUGCCUUCAAUACCAAGAUCGACUACGAACGCCAGAAAGAUCGAAACAGCGCUUGUGUGCCUGGUACUGGAAAUUGGGUUUUCCAGCAUCCUGAGUUUGCAGCUUAUCAAAGUGCUCAGGGGCCACAACUCCUGCUCAUCACGGCCGAAGCAGGUGGUGGAAAGUCCACGACUAUGAAAACGAUGAUUGAUGAUAUGAAGGCAUCAAAUAAUGCUGCCUUAGUUGCAUACUUUUUCUUCAAUGACAACGACCGGCUCCGCAGCUACAACGAUGCCCUGAAAGCGUAUCAAAAGUGCGGAGAAGCAAUCAGGGAUCAAUCAGGGGAAAUGUGGCAGAUAAUUUUGUCGAUUGCCCGCCAGGCAAAGCGCCCAGUCGUCUGCGUCUUGGACGCGGUUGACGAAUGUGCACAAUCGGACCAGAAGAAGCUUCUGACGGACCUGGCAGACGUCAUUCAUCGAAGAGCGGACCCGGAAUCAUCUUUAAGAUUGAUUGUAUCAACUCGACCAUAUGAGGAUGAAAACCAUCCCUACACAGACCUAGUUCGUACGGGCAACGUCAGGCAUAUAACAGGAGAGAACUCGGAAGUUCAGUCUGAUAUCAACCAGGUCAUUCGAGUCAAAGCGCGAGAGUUAUCUCAGAAAAGAGAGCUUGACCAGAGCAUCGAAGACAUGUUGGUAAGAAAGAUAUCAGCCCAAAAUGCACAUACGAGAUCAUUUCUGGCUGUUCAAAUGGCAUUCGAACUCUUGGACUCGCAUCACGACAUGCAUAAAGGAGCUGGCGAGCGGAAAAUCAGUAAGAUCCUUGCUGACAUUCCGAAUCGACUGGGCGAUCAAUUCGACAAAAUGCUACAGAGAAGUUCGGAUCGAGAGCAUGCCUGGAAACUGUUCUGUAUCGUCCUUGCAGCACGCCGAACCAUUGAGCUUUAUGAGUUCAAGGUAAUUUACUCUCUCACGGAGCCGAGAAGCAGUGGAAUUGCUCAAGCGCAGUCGUACAAGGAUCUUGAGUUGGUAGAGGAUGACGAGGAGUUCAAGCAGCUUGUGCGAUCUCGUUGCGGACUGUUCAUCACAUUUGUCCAAGAUUCAGUACAUUUGUUUCAUCAGACUGCGCGGGAACAUCUCAUGGCGAGAGAAGAGGAACCGGUUGGGCAGACACCCUCUGCUUACCUUGCAAAGCCACCAAGCUGGGAAAAUGGCAAUGUCGAUACAAAGCUACGCAACGAAAGUACAUGGAAAGGAUGUAUUUCCAAGGCGGAUGCCAAUCUUGUUUGUUCUCUGCUUUGCUUCGACAUCCUUACUUUUGAUGUGUCUCGUGAUUGGAUGCUUGAAAUGCUCAAGGACAGGAGGUUAUUCACCUGGGCCACCCCUUCGGAAUUCACAGAUUUAGCAGAACGGCCAAUGUUCCUGUACGCAGUUUUAAACUGGCAUGAACACUUUGUCCUGGGUGGCGCAAAGGCUCUGGAGGCGCUUCAAGACCCUCAUUAUGCUACUAUUCUGGAUCUUAGCAGCAUCACGUUUUGGGUAUGGUUUGUUGCACUUCUGCAUCAUUGUCAGUGGGGAAAUGCUCGAGAGCCUCCGUCCAGUGUUUGGUUGUGUGGUGUACCCUCCCGAUUCCUCUAUAAGUCUGCAGUAUCAAUGCUCACGAAGGGGUGUUUGGAGAAGGUGUUUCCCAUGGAUGAAAGUAUACAUGCGUUGUUCAAGGACGCCGUCACACCGUCUGAUACAGACGUGUCUUUCGCUGGUGGCCUUCAGUGGAGGGCGAAAGGUGCCUACGACCUUGUCGAUGCUUUCUUCCUUGGAUGCCAAGAGUAUCACCUCUUGAGCUCUCAUCAGGUUGUGCAGGCUAUGGAAGCAGGCGACAAUGAGCGCAAACGGGUUAUGUCGGCACAUAUGUCUCCGACCGUUGCGACGCUGAUCUGGACGUGUAUUGCGCACAAUGCACCAACAGCUCUGAACACGACAUUGGAUUCCGUCACAGACUUGGAGUGGCUUACUGAUAUACCUGAACAUAUUAUAUAUCAAGCAGUAGAGGUGAAUUAUUUCGUGUCAAUUUCUGGUCAGCCAUUUGCAUGGAUCAAGCCAUGGCAGGAACCGUGGCCACCGACAUUCCCGAUUUUAUUGUCAGCGGGCACAUCGCCCACUAGCGACAAGUUGUUCGGAGUACUCGGUGACUGGAUGGAACGUUCUCCGCGCGCCAAAGACUAUGCUCAGCAAUUAUGGGAAGCUGGGGGGUUCACGGAUUCUUCUCUGUGCCGUCGACUCGUUCAUAAUGGGGCUUCCGUUCAUUCCGAAAUGUGGAGCGACGGCCGGAGCGCCUUACAGAUUGCAGCCGCAUUUUGGGCUCACGAUGCCAUAGCAGCCCUGCUGGACCUAGGCGCAGACCCAACUAUCUGCUCUCGAAAUGGCUUCAAUGCGCUUCUAUGGUUCCUGAAGCGGGAAGGACAAUUCGCUAGGCCAGGAUCGCGUGGGGUAUUGGCAUCGGGCGAGCGCACUGAGUGCAGUCGAAAAUCUCGAAUCGCUGCGUCAAUCGAGGCUCUAAUACAGCCAUCGUCUACUCAUACCUCUGCACUUCAGAUAUCGUUGAGAGAUGGAGUAACGCCUCUUAUGCUCGCUGUGAGAACCUCUGCAACAGCGACUAAAAUACUCUUGGAAAAGGGCGCGGCGCCAGACACACAGGAUCAAGAUGGUCGCACUGCGCUGAUGCACUAUUUCUGUGACGGCCUCGCUGCUGCUAAAUCAACUUCAGCCUUGAAAUACCUUCUUGAAGCUGGAGCUGAUAGUCGGAUUUGCGAUUUGUCGGGGCAGACAGUAUUGGGACACUGGGCACGAUCUGUCGCGAGGAAAGGCUUAUUCGAUGUGUCUUCUGGAUCCAGUUCCUUCAACAGAGCCUUCCACGAAUUGACGACAAUCGGUGCACUGUCACAGAGACAUAUCUUGAAACAGGAACUCUCGACUUUGAACGUUCCUUUGGCGGUAGCAGCAAGGCUUGGUAAUGCCCGACUCUGUUGGGCUCUGUUGGACGCAGGUGCAAACCCCGAUAAGCACGGAAUAGAUGCACACUCUCCAUUGGGUCAACAGGGGUCCGGCAGCAACAAGACUGACGACUUAGCGGACUUGGCAUGGAACCCACUGUUGGUGGCAUUAUACUUCAAGGCGUACACGACCGCUGCAAUUCUCCUCCAGUAUAAAGCCAAUGUCGCAUUUCAAGUUCCAGACCGGAAGAGGACAAGAUAUAAUAAGUACCAUGUCAAAAUGGCGGGUUGCACGGCGCUCCAUGUAGCAGUCACCGACACCGACGAUAAUUUUGAGCUUCUAGAGUUGGAUAGGAGACGGCUCUGUACCGAAACAUUCGGUUGCAUAUUCAAAAGUGCAGCUUUGCCGGACAAUUUCAUCCCCAACAAGUCGACUGAGGGAGACCUGAACGAGGAGUCGAUUGAAAAACCCACUAAGCAUGAAGUAGUUUCAGAAUCAGAAUUUGACCUUGUUUUCUGCAAGUUACCAGUUGACCAAUUGGCAAGAAUGGGAGACGAUGUGGAAUCAUUUGACAAACUUUUUGAUUCCAAACUCGAAGCGCUGAAUCCUUUCGAUUCACCUCUCAUGACUGACAUCAAUAAAUGUCAGUCACGGGACGAUCUUUGUUCUACUUUGGUGGAGUACAUGCUCCAGAAUGGCUCAGAUGUCAACGCAGUUACCAGGGGAGGCAUGACCCCUUUGAUGGCCUGCGUGGCUCAGGGGAACAUUAGACUUGCUAAGCUCCUGCUCAAGUAUGAUGCCGACCCCAAUGUCUCGCCCCUUGGAGGCUGCCUUCCCUUGGUAUUAGCGGCUCAAGAAGGAUGUCAAGAGCUUGUGAAGGCGCUCCUCGAGGCUGGUGCAGAUCCGAACGCCCAGCUCAAGGUUCCCCCGCCGGAUGUUUGUGAUUGUGCCGCUUUGAACGAAUGGUAUCCGAGGAGAGGUGCGUAUUGCAUUGCACCCCUCACCGCUUUGGCAGUGGCCGCAAACCAGGGACAUUGCCGUGUGGCCGAAACUUUACUUGACCACGGCGCGGACGCGAACCUGGCUAUCUUACAUCAUGUGCAUAUCACAGUCCCUUUGACACGCGAUGGACUUCGGAGAAACAAACCUCGCAUGCUCUUCGAUUCUGCAGAUUUUGAAUCGGGCCCAACGCCGGUGAGAAGGAAAGGGUAUAUCAGCGUCGGGACAGCGCUGACAUGGGCCAACGGAAAGGCCAGGGAUCUACUCUUACAGCGCGGCGCUGACCCUUCUCGGCAAGAAGCGAUAAGAGAGUGCGGAUGCCCAUCACUCGAGAAGGGCACAGAAAAGGAUUCAUUCGAAUUGGACUAUGAGUCCGGCACUGAGUAUGCGACGAGUGAAGGCAGCGGGGACUCUGGCGUAGAGCUGCCAUGGCGGCGCCCACAUCGUCAAGAGUCAGAGUGA